ACAAAAUAGAGCUGUGCAGAUUCUGAACGAAAGCUUUCCAAAAACGGUAGUUACUUCUUUUUCACCAUGUACAGACUAACUUUGUCGUCCAUUUUCUACAUUUGCCUAAGCCUGAUUUGUAUUUCUUCAGCAACUGAAUGGCAACACCAAGAAUCUGGAGACUUUAAUGAAGAUGCAUUUCCUGUGAUGUCAAGUACUUGGCAAAAAAGCUUAGACAAAAGAAACACUUGGUGGACGAAGAAAUCUAUUCGGGACGAAGACAUAUCAGAAGGCUGUUUGGUGAGAUGUCUCGUGCAGCUUACAGACUGUUUGCAGCAAGGUGAAAACAGAGCGCUUUACUUCCAUUGUAACGACCAUCAUAUUUCUUGUGUAACGGGGUGCUUGAAAGAAUAUAGGAAAGGCUUAGCCAUCAAAAAUGCUGACAUCCCUUCAAGAAAAUAAUCUUUGACUUUAAUGUAAUGAAAAGAUGUUUUUUAAGGGCCAUUGAAUUCCAUAUUCCUUCUGUAAUAAUGAACUAAA